CGAACUCGAGGUCUCAGUACAAGCCUGCCGCUACGCCAGGCGCAGGUGCAGCCUCAGCCUCAGCCUCCACCGGAAAAGCCGGUCAACUUCUACCAGACACACGGGCGGGCAGUGUUCAAGGCGCUCACGCUCGCCUUUCUGAGCUACCAGAUCGUAUACUGGACGUGGUUGACGUUGGAGACGGAGGAGAUUAAGGACCAGAAGAACCGCGAGAUCGAGACGUUGGAACGCGAGGUGCGGUUGUUGGAUGAGAGUCGCCGAGCGCAGAAGUCGGGUGGCUAA